GCCUGCCUCUGCUGGGCAUGUCUCCCUGUGCUACUUCACAUGAUCUGCCUGGCAACCUAGAGAGGUCCCUGUGGCAGGUGAAACAGCAGAGUGCCCCCAAAAGUGGAGUCCCUGCCACCAGGCACAUGCCCGCUGUGGUGCCUGGCACAUGGCCCUCGGCCCCCAGUUUCUCUUCCUUCUUUAAUUCUCUUCCUUCCUCUUCUUGAGCCUGGGAAGCAGCUUGGCUGUGCUGUUUCUCAUAGUGAAGGAAAUCUGGGCUCUGGUAUCCGGCUGAUGUAGGUUCAAGUCCAGCUUCUGUGGACUCCAGCAGUGCCUGUGAAGGGCCACCAUUUCCUGAGAGCUUGUGCGCACCCUGGGCCUGGUGAUAGGUGGACCCCGUGCUGCAUCCCCAGCAACCCUAUAUGCAGAGGUGGAAACCGAGGCUCAGAAUGGAGAAGUGACUUGCCUUACGGAUCUCAAGUCUGUCUGAUACUCAAGCCCGCUCACAUGGCCACCACGUUAUACUGUGCAUGGGGCCCUGCAUCCCCUGGGGCCUCAGUCACGUCAUCUAUCAGCCGGCUGUACCUUCGAGGAGGUGAGUGACCCAGCAGUGCCCUGUGAGUACAGCCAAGCCCAGUAUGACGACUUCCAGUGGGAGCAAGUGCACAUCCACCCUGGUACCCGGUCUCCGGCGGACCUGCCCCAUGGCUCCUACUUGAUGGUCAAUGCUUCCCAGCACACCCCAGGCCAGCGGGCCCAUGUAAUCUUCCAGAGCCUGAGCGAGAAUGAUACCCACUGCGUGCAGUUCAGCUACUUCCUGUACAGCCGGGAUGGGCACAGCCCGGGCACCUUGGGCAUCUAUGUGCGUGUCAACGGGGGUCCCCUGGGCAGUGCCGUCUGGAAUAUGACUGGAUCACAUGGCCGUCAGUGGCACCAGGCUGAGCUGGCCGUCAGCACCUUCUGGCCCAAUGAAUAUCAGGUGCUGUUUGAGGCCCUCAUCUCCCCAGACCGCAGGGGCUACAUGGGCCUAGAUGACGUCCUGCUUCUCAGCUACCCCUGCGCGAAGGCCCCGCAUUUCUCCCGCCUGGGCGAUGUGGAGGUCAAUGCUGGCCAGAAUGCCUCCUUCCAGUGCAUGGCAGCGGGCAGAGCAGCAGAGGCCGAGCGCUUUCUCCUGCAGCGGCAGAGCGGGACGCUGGUGCCCGCCGCGGGCGUGCGGCACAUCAGCCACCGGCGCUUCCUGGCCACCUUCCUGCUUGCCUCCGUGAGCCGCUCGGAGCAGGACCUGUACCGCUGCGUGUCCCAGGCCCCGCGAGGCGCGGGCGUCUCCAACUUCGCGGAGCUCAUCGUCAAGGAGCCCCCCACACCCAUUGCCCCCCCGCAGCUGCUCCGCGCGGGGCCCACCUACCUCAUCAUCCAGCUCAACACCAACUCCAUCAUUGGCGACGGGCCGAUCGUGCGCAAGGAGAUUGAGUAUCGCAUGUCCCGCGGCCCGUGGGCCGAGGUGCACGCCGUCAGCCUGCAGACCUACAAGCUGUGGCACCUUGACCCCGACACCGAGUACGAGAUCAGCGUACUGCUCACGCGCCCCGGUGAGGGCGGCACCGGCCGCCCGGGGCCGCCCCUCAUCAGCCGCACCAAAUGCGCAGAACCCAUGAGGGCCCCCAAAGGCCUGGCUUUCGCUGAGAUCCAGGCCCGCCAGCUGACUCUUCAGUGGGAGCCUCUGGGCUACAACGUGACACGUUGCCACACAUAUGCGGUGUCCCUGUGCUAUCAUUAUACACUGGGCAGCAGCCACAACCAAACCAUCCGGGAAUGUGUGAAGAUGGAGCAGGGAGUCAGCCGCUACACCAUCAAGAACCUUCUGCCCUACCGGAAUGUUCACGUGCGGCUCAUCCUCACUAACCCUGAGGGGCGCAAGGAGGGCAAGGAGGUCACUUUCCAGACAGAUGAAGAUGUGCCUGGCGGGAUUGCAGCGGAGUCCUUGACCUUUACGCCACUGGAGGACAUGAUCUUCCUUAAGUGGGAGGAGCCCCAGGAACCCAAUGGCCUCAUCACUCAGUAUGAGAUCAGCUACCAGAGCAUCGAGUCAUCAGACCCUGCAGUGAACGUGCCCGGCCCACGACGUACUAUCUCCAAGCUCCGAAAUGAGACCUACCACGUCUUCUCCAAUCUGCACCCAGGCACCACCUACCUGUUCUCAGUGCGUGCUCGCACAGGCAAAGGCUUUGGCCAGGCGGCACUCACUGAGAUCACCACCAACAUCUCAGCCCCCAGCUUCGAUUAUGCUGACAUGCCGUCACCUCUGGGCGAGUCUGAGAAUACCAUCACUGUUCUGCUGAGGCCGGCACAGGGCCGUGGCGCACCCAUCAGUGUGUACCAGGUGAUUGUGGAGGAGGAGCGCCAGCGGAGGCUGCGUCGGGAGCCAGGCAGCCAGGACUGCUUCCCAGUACCCUUGACCUUUGACGCUGCGCUGGCCCGAGGCCUGGUGCACUACUUCGGGGCGGAGCUGGCGGCCAGCAGUCUGCCAGAAGCCAUGCCCUUCACGGUGGGUGACAACCAGACCUAUCGAGGCUUCUGGAACCCACCACUUGAGCCCAGGAAGGCCUACCUCAUCUACUUCCAGGCAACAAGCCACCUGAAAGGGGAGACUCGGCUGAAUUGCAUCCGCAUCGCCAGGAAAGCUGCCUGUAAGGAAAGCAAGCGACCCCUGGAGGUGUCCCAGAGAUCGGAGGAGAUGGGGCUCAUCCUGGGCAUCUGUGCGGGGGGACUUGCUGUCCUCAUCCUUCUCCUGGGGGCCAUCAUUAUCAUCAUCCGUAAGGGGAAACCUGUGAACAUGACCAAGGCCACUGUCAACUACCGCCAGGAGAAGACCCACAUGAUGAGUGCCGUGGACCGGAGCUUCACGGACCAGAGCACCCUGCAGGAGGACGAGCGGCUGGGCCUCUCCUUCAUGGACACCCAUGGCUAUAGCCCCCGAGGAGACCAGCGCAGUGGUGGGGUCACUGAGGCCAGCAGCCUCCUGGGGGGCUCACCACGGCGUCCCUGUGGCCGGAAGGGCUCCCCGUAUCACACGGGGCAGCUGCACCCUGCAGUGCGUGUGGCCGACCUCCUGCAGCACAUCAACCAGAUGAAGACGGCUGAGGGCUAUGGCUUCAAGCAGGAGUACGAGAGCUUCUUUGAAGGCUGGGAUGCCACAAAGAAGAAAGACAAGGUCAAGGGUAGCCGGCAAGAGCCCACGCCUGCCUAUGAUCGGCACCGAGUGAAACUGCCCCCGAUGAUGGGAGGCCCCGAUGCCGACUACAUUAACGCCAACUACAUAGAUGGCUACCACAGAUCAAACCACUUCAUAGCCACUCAAGGGCCGAAGCCCGAGAUGGUCUACGACUUCUGGCGCAUGGUGUGGCAGGAGCACUGUUCCAGCAUUGUCAUGAUCACCAAGCUGGUGGAGGUGGGCAGGGUAAGCAGGGCUUUGUGGUGUGGGGGUAAGGCGGGCCAAGGUGGGGCCCAGCAAAGAGCCCACCGAGUCUGCCUGUGGGGACUCCAGGUGAAAUGCUCUCGGUACUGGCCGGAGGACUCGGAAAUGUAUGGGGACAUCCAGAUCACGCUGGUGAAGACGGAGACUCUAGCUGAGUAUGUCGUGCGCACCUUUGCCCUGGAGCGGAGAGGCUACUCUGCCCGGCACGAGGUCCGCCAGUUCCACUUCACAGCAUGGCCAGAGCACGGCGUCCCCUACCAUGCCACAGGGCUGCUGGCCUUUAUCCGGCGUGUGAAGGCCUCUACCCCACCCGAUGCUGGGCCCGUUGUCAUCCACUGCAGUGCGGGCACAGGCCGUACAGGCUGCUACAUUGUUCUGGAUGUGAUGCUGGACAUGGCCGAGUGUGAGGGCGUUGUGGACAUUUACAACUGUGUGAAGACCCUCUGCUCCCGGCGUGUCAACAUGAUCCAGACAGAGGAGCAGUACAUCUUCAUUCACGAUGCAAUCCUGGAGGCCUGCCUGUGCGGUGAGACCACCAUCCCUGUCAGCGAGUUCAAGGCCACCUACAAGGAGAUGAUCCGCAUUGAUCCUCAGAGUAAUUCCUCGCAGCUGCGGGAAGAGUUCCAGACACUGAACUCGGUCACACCACCCCUGGAUGUGGAGGAGUGCAGCAUUGCCCUGCUGCCCCGGAACCGAGACAAGAACCGCAGCAUGGACGUCCUGCCGCCCGACCGCUGCCUGCCCUUCCUUAUCUCCACCGACGGGGACCCCAACAACUACAUCAAUGCAGCGCUGACUGACAGCUACACGCGGAGCGCAGCCUUCAUCGUGACCUUGCACCCGCUGCAGAGCACCACGCCUGACUUCUGGCGGCUAGUCUACGACUACGGGUGCACCUCCAUUGUCAUGCUGAACCAGCUGCACCAGUCCAACACUGCCUGGCCAUGCCUGCAGUACUGGCCAGAGCCCGGCCGGCAGCAGUAUGGCCUCAUGGAGGUGGAGUUCGUGUCGGGCUCGGUGGAUGAAGACUUGGUGGCCCGUGUCUUCCGGGUGCAGAACGUCUCUCGGCUGCAGGAGGGGCACCUGCUGGUGCGGCACUUCCAGUUCCUGCGCUGGUCUGCGUACCGGGACACGCCUGACUCCAAGAAAGCCUUCCUGCACCUGCUGGCCGAGGUGGACCGGUGGCAGGCGGAGAGCGGGGAUGGGCGGACCGUUGUGCACUGCCUAAACGGGGGCGGCCGCAGUGGUACCUUCUGCGCCUGUGCCACAGUCCUGGAGAUGAUCCGCUGCCACAACCUGGUGGACGUUUUCUUUGCUGCCAAAACACUUAGGAACUACAAGCCCAAUAUGGUGGAAACCCUGGAUCAGUACCACUUUUGCUAUGAUGUGGCCCUGGAGUACCUGGAGGGACUGGAGUCAAGAUAGCGGGGCCCCUGGCCUGGGGCCCACAUUGUGCACUCAGGGCCAGGCUCAGCACUGAGGACGAAGACCUGUGCCCCUAACUCUGCUCCACUACAGCUCCCGCGGGGAAAGCACUAGGGUGGGCACUGUGCCACCUUGGUGCUCCCUUCCACUGUGGGCAGGGCCUCUCACCAUGUCAGAUGGGCAGGCUGUGGGCCAAGGAGGAGCUUAGCAAGACUGCAGCGUAGCCCACCUCCACAGGGUCCUACAGGCCUGUGCUGUGAGUCUGGCACUGCCUGGUAGAGUGACAGGGGCUCAGAACUGACAACUUGAGAGGACCCAGGCUCAAGCUCCUUGACUCCAGGCUCAAGCCCCAGACUCUGUCCCAGCCCUUGGCAGAGAUGAGCGAGACCCUGCAGAGCCUGUGGCUGGCCAAGGUUUCCACCUGGCAGUGUGGCUUCCUCUUGACAUGGAUAGAGGGUGCACUGGGGCUUGGCAUCUGGAAUCCCGCCUGGCCCCUGAGGGUCCUGGGGAGACUGGGCACAUCAGACUCGUCCUCCCCAGAUGGGACUCUAGCCCCCUCCUCCACCCUGCUGCCCCCUCAUCAGCCCCGGGGAUAUUUUGCUCAUGAUGCCUCCCACUAUGACUUCCUUGAUGUGUGCUCUGAGCUUCUGUGAACUGGGAUCUGCCCAUCCCUGCCCUAUUCUCUGUGGGGCCCUAUCCCUGCCUGACCCAAUGUCUGCAGAAUGAAGGCACCUCAGCCCUUCUUCCUGUAACCUUCAGGCCUCACUGGUGGGUCCUGCUCAGCCUAGGCCAGUGACAAUCUGCAAGGUUGAACAACAGCCCUUGGGGUUGAGGUUCCUGUGGCUCCGGGUCAGGCUGCCCCCUGAGGACGAGGCACUGCUAGAUCAGGGGUGCUUCCAACUUCUACAGUUCGGAGGAAGAACAUGUAUUUUGGGUUGGAGGAGCAAUUCCUUUUUGUUAAUGUCAUUAUUUUUUGAUGGGUGGGUGGGAAAAUCUCUUUAAAAUGGGGCAGGCCACACCCCCAUUCCGUGCCUCAAUUUCCCCAUCUGUAAACUGUAGAUAUGACUACUGACCUACCUCGCAGGGGCUGUGGGGAGGCAUAAGCUGAUGUUUGUAAAGCGCUUUGUAAAUAAAUGUGCUC